AUGCCGUUUCUACGCCGUCGCGGCAACAUGGUCAGCGAGACCGAUAUGAGACGCCACACCAUUCUUGAUACCGACUCCGCGCCCCAGCUACCGCCGCUCCCGCAACACUUUCCUCCCCAGCAACCGCAACCGCAACCGCAGCCGCAGCCGCAGCCGCAACAUCAGCAGCUAGAGCAGGAGCAACCGAAACCCCAAUCGCAACCCCUACCCCUACCUGAGCAGCAGCAGCAGCAGCAGGAUAUCCCUAGAGUCUCUGUGUCUCCCUCAAUUGACGAGACUCCUUCGAUGUCUCUGGCCGUGCCUGCGCAAUCCGACUCUGGCUUUGAUCCCGACGACCCCUAUGCCCGACCGGAUACUCCCCCCAUUCAAGACGAGACGCCAAAGCACCGCCGUUUCUCCAUAUUAAGGUUCCGCAAUGCCUCCGACUCGCAGCUGUCCUUAAGGGCGAAGCAGCAGGCUGAGAAACCGCCUCCUGUUCCUCGUCCUCCUGAAAUCAUCACCACUGCACCAACCGUCGACUUUCAGGUACCCCAAAAGAAACAAUCCCGAAUGCGACUCGCCGACCGAUUCCGAAGAUCCGGUGAACUCCCAAGAAAUAGCGAGGAUGGAGGCAAUCGUGCCGUGACGUGGAAAUCGACCAGGAGAAAAACAGGCCUAGAAGAUCUUGCCUCGAAGAGCCGGCCUACUCUGGUUACCUUUGAAGAGCCUAAUCGUCCGUCUUCGUCAAGAGCGCCUGCAGAUGGUGAUAAUCCCGACGGUACGGCUCUAUUACUCCCGGCAACUCGAGCCUCGGAGUCAUCACGCUCAGAUGCGAGCUCGGGAGAACACACAUAUCCCUCCACCACUGCUGGCAAUUCAUCUCAGGUACCAACGAGCACCAGCUUUUUCCGCCUACCUCGAAGGAAACCGAAAGCCCCGGCGCCAAUGUUCGAUUUGUCACAUCUACCUCAAAAAGGAAAACACCCCAAUGGAACAGGCAACCUUGCCAUGUCAUCUUCGUCACUGGGCACAUCUCAGCCAGUCGCAGUGUCCACGUCCAGAGAGAGCACCCCGCGUCCUCACCAUGGCUCGCGGCCGCCAUCGAGCUAUAGUACGCACGCCGAUUCAGUGACUUCCUCCAUUCUCGACCAACCAAACAGACCAAACGUGUCGCCUGCUACAGCUCUCUUCCGACCCGGCUCAACCCACUCAGGCCAGUCAUCGCCAACUCGCACUCGUUUGCAGCGCCGGGGACGAUCAUCAACUAUGAGUUCUAUGGGCAGAGAAUCAAUGGACGGGCAUCUUGAUCCAGGAAUGAGUCGAGCAUCUACUUCCAUUGGGCGUAAAAGCUUUGGCGAUCUUUUUGGUCUCAAUCGAUUGCGCCAGAAUUCCGACCUAAGUCAAAGCAGACAGGGAACACUCACACCUGUGACACCAGGCUCCAAUACAUCAAAGAAUAAUUCUCUACAAAUUGCGCGAGAGCCCAUUGCUUUGCCGGAGAAGUUAGAGGACGAGACGCCUGCAAAAUACCUGUCUCGCAUAGAGGAGAUACUCAGCCGCGGAGUCAUCGCCAGCGUUUUAUCCAAAGGGAGUGAUGCGUUCUCGGCAGCCGUCUUGCGCAGCUAUAUGCGUCGAUUCAGCUUCUUCGGUGAUCCAAUGGAUAUGGCCAUCCGUAAACUGCUCAUGGAAGCCGAGCUGCCGAAAGAGACACAACAGAUAGACAGGUGUUUACAAGCCUUUGCAAAUCGUUAUCACGAAUGCAAUCCUGGUAUCUACGCCUCACCCGACCAGGCCUACUUUGUGGCAUUUUCCCUUCUCAUUCUGCAUACCGACGUGUUUAACAAGAACAACAAGCACAAGAUGCAGCAGCCUGACUAUCUGAAGAAUACUCAAGGGGAGGGUGUCUCGGACCCUAUAUUGAGAUGCUUUUACGACAACAUUACAUAUACUCCCUUCAUUCACGUCGAGGAUGACUUGGAUCUCAACAGUGAUCGGCUCAUGUCGAAUAGAGCCAAGCGGAAGACGCUGUUUCCCGGGGGCACACCUGAUACCACUGUCAAGCGGACCAAUCGCGAGCCCCUUGACCCAUAUACACUUAUCAUAGAUGGGAAACUGGAUGUUCUGCGGCCCAGUCUCAAAGACGUAAUGGAGCUUGAGGACCACUACGACUACCUAGGGACAGCAAAAGACCUCAAUGUCAAAGAGCUCCAAAGAACUUUUUUUAGAACCGGCGUAUUGCAGAUCGUGUCGGCUAGGUCACGGCCGGACGCGUUUCGGGAUGAGAAGAGCGCUAUCAAUCCCGCCGAGGCGGCACAGGGCGUUGUCGAUAUAAAAAUUACUAAAGUUGGCCUCCUAUGGAGGAAAGAUGUUAAGAAAAAGAAAACUAGGUCGCCAUGGCAGGAGUGGGGAGCGAUCCUCACAGGCGCCCAGCUCUACUUUUUCCGCAACACAACGUGGAUUAAGAACCUCAUGCACCAGUACGAGUCUCAUAUUAAGCAAGGCUACUAUGGCGAGCCGAUCACAUUUAAGCCACCGCUACCAGAAUUCAAACCAGACGGAUACCUUCCGACAAAAGAAGCUGUUGCACUCGUUGACUCGACCUAUAAGAAGCACAAGAAUGCCUUCAAAUACUCUCGACCAGGAGCUUUUGUUGAAGAGGUAUUGCUUGCCGAUAACGAAGAGGAGAUGAACGACUGGCUUGCCAAAUUAAACUACGCUGCCGCGUUUACUACAUCCGGUGUCCGUAUGCGGGGCGUCGUAGGUGGUAACUACGAGGGUCAGAGUCGACGGGGCAUCAGAAGACUCGGCAGUUCAGCAUCUGAACAGAUCAUCCAAACUCCAACUGGCAAUGUUAGUAUUGUCCGUGGCCAGAUAGAUCACAAGGAAGCCGAAUCCAUUCAGGCGCAACGACGGCAGACCAUGAUGGAUGCUGUUGCAAAGGCUGAUGAAGAAAUUGCGAUGAAGGAGCAAGAGCUGGAGAUUCACUUGAGAAAUGCUCGCCAUCUCCAAAUCCUCUCCCCGAUUCAAGCCAAGACUAGGGACCAAGUUCUCACUGCUGCAGCUCAUAUGGAUGUCAAGAUCAAAUGGAUUCGCAUGGAUAUGUGGAAGUCACGGUGUCAUCGAGACGUCUUGCUAAAGGAUUUGGCUGAGGAACAGCGACUCCAAGGUCUGGUACCUGCCAAGACACAAAAUGGUCACGAGGUUCGCGAGGCGUCACCUUCUCAAGAAAGGCCUUCCGUUCUUGAAGUGGGUUCGAACUCGAGUGUACCGCGACGGAGACGACGGUCCUCUGCGGCCAUCUCCGUGGUACAAGGAUCGACGAAAACAGCUCCGACGGAGCCUGAGUCUCCGGUAACUGAGGCUUACCAAACACCACCUACGAGCGCUACCUUUCCCCACAAGCACCAGAACUCAUGGGAUUCAAAGACAUCGACGUCAGAAGAACUCAACCACCGGAAACGGCCCAGUUCAAGGUCUAGUCAAUCAUCAGGCGAGCCUACGUUCUACAGCCCGCAACAGCAUUCGACGCCUAAGAAGGGCAAGAGCGUUGAACCACACGCAAACGAGAACCAUCAAGAUGAUGUUGAUGCGAACGAGCGCGUGCUUCUUGAGCAGGCAGGUUUGUUGAGAUCAGAGUCUCAGGGCAGGACACCGGAAAGAAAGCGUACAGGCUCAAUGUCUGAAACUGGAGAUGCGUCAGAAUCUCGUGACACGCCGAAUGCUAUUGAUAAACAAGACAAGGCUAAGAUUCGACGAAGCCUGCAACGUACACUGAGAGAAAGUGCCGGUCAUCUUUCACAUCACCGCAGCAGGAGAGGAAAAGACGCUAUCACGGGUGGGGUGUUAGAAGACCCCGGUCGUGAAGAUGUACUCACCAGGGGCUCUGGUAGCUUUGUGGUACACGGCAAGAAGGCAUCUGUCAUCAACUUCGGUUCCGAGCUGCAACAAUUGACUCAGGAGGAGCGUCUGAGGCAGCGGAAGCAGGGCCAGCGCGAAGAGCCAGCCUCCCCCACUAGCAUGGAAGAGGAUUUCCACGACGCUUUAAACAACUCUUUAAUCCCUCGGGAACGCAGAGAGUCGGCCGCAAGCGCCAGCACUGCAACGGCGAGAAGCUUCCGCGAGCUUCAUCGCAAAUUUUCUUCCGCUCACGCCUCUAAAUCCCCGGCUUUCGCCGGGAGACUCUCAGUGCCUUCUGAUGGUGAGAGCGAUGCAGUCAGCUUUUCAGAAGGACGUCGGACACCACUGCCUCCGAUUGAGAAUGAAUCUGGCGAUGAGGAGGAGAGCCAUGUUAUGGCCAGCCCGCAGCCCAUAUCUGCUGCGUUAGCACCUCCAUUCGAGCCGGUGGCGCCAUCAAAAAACGACGAGGGAGAAGAAAAGGAUGGCGAGAUGCAACGGCUGCCGAGUCCUCCUCUUCAAGCAGUUAAGGCUUAG